UGCAGUUGGGGUUAUGAAAAGUCAGGAAUAAUUUCGAGGCUGUAGUAACUUUGUGUUACAAAUUAGCGCAGGGAUUGAGAUAAGCUGAUAAAGAUUUUCUCCCGAUGCACAACUUUCUUCGCUGGACCGUUACUGGGACGUUUUUGAACAUUAAACACCACAAUGUCGUCUGUAGUUAAAAAAAGGAAGAUUACUAAAGAUGUUGCAUCUGGAGAUGUACCAAAGACGACGAAAACAGUAGAGCCAGCAGCUUCGACGAGGAGUAGCAGCUCCCCCACACCUGAAGCCUCCGAGAAGGCGGGCGAUGUAGAAGUCGACGCAGAAGAUGUUGCGCCCAAGACAUUCAAAGACCUCGGAGUCAUUGACUCGUUAUGCGAAGCCUGCGAAUCCCUUGGGUACAAGAGCCCAACCCCAAUCCAGCAAGAAUCGAUCCCCCCCGCCUUAGCUGGACGCGAUCUCAUCGGCCUCGCAGAGACUGGUAGUGGAAAGACAGCGGCAUUUGCUCUGCCAAUUCUACAGGCUCUGCUAGAUAAACCGCAGCCUCUGUUUGGGCUUGUUCUCGCCCCGACCCGUGAACUGGCAUACCAGAUUUCCAAGUCCUUCGAGGGCCUGGGGAUUCUCAUCUCAGUCCGAUGCGCCGUCAUAGUCGGUGGCAUGGACAUGGUUACCCAAUCCAUAGCACUAGGCAAGAAGCCACAUAUCAUCGUUGCGACACCCGGUCGUCUCCUUGACCACCUGGAGAACACCAAAGGCUUCUCUCUCCGCGCCCUAAAGUACCUCGUCAUGGACGAAGCCGACCGUCUCCUCGACCUCGACUUCGGCCCAAUCCUCGACAAGAUCCUCAAAGUCCUCCCCCGGGAGCGCCGCACCUACCUCUUCUCCGCCACCAUGUCCUCCAAAGUCGAGUCUCUCCAGCGCGCCUCCCUCCGCGACCCCCUCCGCGUGCAAAUCAGCACCAACAAGUACCAAACUGUCUCGACCCUCCUCCAGAGCUACCUCUUCAUCCCCCAUCCCCACAAGGACACCUACCUCAUCUACCUCCUCAACGACUUCGCCGGCCAGUCCGCCAUCGUCUUCACCCGCACCGUGAACGAGACGCAGCGCCUCGCUAUCCUGCUGCGCACCCUCGGCUUCGGCGCCAUCCCGCUGCACGGCCAGCUGUCGCAGUCGGCGCGUCUGGGCGCACUUAACAAGUUCCGCGCUGGAUCGCGCGAGAUUCUCGUUGCGACUGAUGUUGCGGCGCGUGGUCUUGAUAUUCCGUCAGUUGAUGUCGUGCUGAACUACGAUCUUCCACCUGAUAGCAAGACGUAUAUCCAUCGUGUGGGUCGUACAGCGCGUGCGGGGAAGUCGGGUCAUGCGAUUAGUAUCGUUACGCAGUAUGAUGUGGAGAUCUGGUUGAGGAUCGAGGCGGCGUUGGGGAUGAAGCAGAAUGAGUAUAAGUAUGUUAAGGAUGAGGUUAUGGUGUUUAAGGCGAGGGUGGAGGAGGCACAGAGGCAUGCGAGGAACGAGAUGAAGAAUCUACAUGAGGAUCGUGGGAAUAAGGGAGCUGUGCUGAAGGGAAGGAGACCGGCGAAGCCUGGGAAGAGAGGGAGAGAUGAGAUGGAUAAGGAGGAGGGUUAAAUUAAAGCUGAAAAUAGGGCUGGGUCUGGGAUGUGGAGUAU